CCGCUGUCCCGUUGUCACCGCGGCCCCGGGCACGCUCUGGUGGCGCUGCCGGAGCCGGGGCAGCGCAGGGGCUGGGUCCCACCGUGACUUCACCCUGGAGUGUGCAUUCCUGCAGUGCCAGGCAGAAUGGAGGCCCUGGAGGAGAGAGAGGAAGUGGAGGAAGCAGCAGAAGACGCGAUCUCUUUGAUGAUCAGUGAUUCCCUUGAGGACCUGGAUGAGGAAACCUCUGGCACAAGUGCUGAAUCUGAUUUUGACUGGAGCUCCAUUGACACAUCCCACUUACCAUCUUCGUACAAGACAAAUUCCCAGCAGGAGAAGGAGCUGCUGCAGCUGGCUGACCAUUUCUUCCAGCAGUACACUCACCUGUGCCCUGAGCGCAAGCCGCUCUUCAUCCACCCGCUCAACGAGUGUGGUGUGCAGAAGUUUGUGAGCACAACACUGAGGCCAACCCUGCUGCCUUUCCCGGACAUGUACUACUGGUCAGGCUGUGCCAGCUUUGUCUGUGAUUAUCUCAUCAUGGAGCCCCUCAAGAGCCCAAUCGCACCGCCCAGUUCACUCUAUUCCCCAACCACAAUCCUGAAAUACCAGCGAGGGAACUGCUUUGACUUUGCUGUGCUGCUGUGCUCCCUGCUGAUUGGGGCUGGCUAUGAUGCCUACUGUGUGCAUGGAUAUGCCACCCUCGAGAUGUGCUCCCUGGACCAGACUCAGGAGCUGUGCCCACUGCUCAGGAAGCCCCCAGAGGUACCAGAAGAGGAGGAUCCCAACAAGUAUAGAAUUAGGUACCCUUUAGAGCCACAGAGCAAGUUUGAGCUUCAGCAGAAGGCCAAGAAGGAGGAAGAAACUGAAUCUGCACAUGAGGAGGAAAGAGAAGAAGAGGUGGUCACGGAGGUGGGAAUGCCCAAGCGAGACCCUCUGCAUGGCUUACGGGUGCACGCGUGGGUUCUGCUUCUGCCUGGGAAGAGGAAGGUUCCCGAGACCUUCUUCAUCAACCCGUUCACAGGAAAUGACCACAGCACCACAGAUGAGUGCUUCCUUGGGAUUGAGAGCAUCUGGAACCACAAGAACUACUGGGUGAACAUGCAGGACUGCCGGAAAGGCUGCAAGGAUCUCAGCUUUGACUUGAAUGAUCCUAUCUGCUGGGAAGUUAUGUUUUCAGAGAGCAAUGAGCCCUCUCAGUUAUCCACAGAGUCACCCAAGAAAGACAAGAAUGACACGCAGGAAGAGGGGGAAACCGACAGGAGCUUUGAGAUGCCACUGUCAUGGGUAACUCAAAUUAGGGUCUCUUUAAGAGAAUAUGAGAAUCCCUUUUCCCGGGGGAAGAAGGUGAUCCUGUAUGAUAAAGCAAAACUGGAGAAGUGGGCAGCGUACGCGAAUGGAGACGGGCUGGUGGAACGCCUCACUGUCUAUGCAGACCCAGACCGUACUGAAGAACUGGAGGUGAAGGAAUUGUUCAAACACCGUGAAGACCUGUUGUAUAUGAGAGAAGUGGAUAAACAAACACAGCUGAUCACAGACCAUUUCAUGCCAGGACAUCCCCUCCGUCUUAAAGUUCACUCCUACACGUCACUGGAACCUGAGACUGGGCACACGGUGGAGUUUUACCACAUGGGACGAGGUGAUGGCCUCUGGAAACGUUUUGAAAAUGCUACUGAGAUGACAGAGCACUUCGUGGGGCGGGAGGACUUCCUGCACACGCGGCACAUAGAGUUUGGCGAAAGGGACAAGGAAAUGGAGAAUGCUGGCAUCACAGCUGACGCUAACCCCCGGCCUAUAGUGCAAAUCAAGGAGUAUUUCCACAGAAAUCCAGAAAAGCCUGCUGAUGAAGAUGUAGAGGAACGUGUCUUUAUGGUCAUAGAUGAUAUCAUCCAGCUGACAUACCACCUCGAGGUUCAUGACACCAUUGCCUCAAAGGUGGUUUUCUGCAGAGUAAUAGGGAGGGAGAAGAGAGAAGAUGAAAUUGUCCUGAGCAGAGAGAACACUGUCAAAUAUGAGCCGUGGUCCCCAGAGAAACACAAGAACAUGCUCUAUCUGUACAACUUGCUGUGGGUGCUGAGAGCAGAACAGAAGGACCUGAAGCACCAUGUCCGGGAUGCUGAAGCAGAGAUGUUAAAUAUUUUGACGGUCCGUGAGGAUGAAGAAGCCAAUAUUAAAUUGUCAGUUUCAAUAUACAGCACUGAAAAGAGAGGACAACAGCAAGGAGCCACGGUGCUGGAAGAGGAGCAGAAGAGCCCCCAGAGUUCCUUGGAGAGUCAGCACAUCAGAGGGGAGGCUGAAUCCCUCGCCCAUCACACUGCAGCCAACUCCCCCAUGUAGAGACUGCAGGGACUGGGAAUGACUGCCCGAGCAGGGGGGGUUCACAGGUCAGCCCCCAGGAAGCUGGCACUGAAGCUACUCUGUGAAAUACUUCAGUCCAUGUCCCAGUUUCCCUCUGAUAUUCCCCUUCUUGUUCUAGGGAAAAGCAGUUAGCACGAUAGAAAAAACAUUCUCCAAAAGAGAUGCUGCUCAGGAAUCCUCACCCAGCUGGGCACCUCAGGCGUGAUUUCUUCAUUCCUUUUCUGGAGCUGCCUGCAGUAAAUCUUUCACUAUCAUCA